AUGGCGCCGGUGGUACUGAGUACGGUGGAAAACGAAGUCAAGGAUGUGAUCCAGCAGCUUUUUGAAAUUCAAUCAGCCGUGCAUGGCUACCUCGGCUCUGAGACCCAGAUCGAGUUGGUCCGCAAGAUAAAAAAUCUCACCAUCGCCCUCAACACCCUCUCAAACGACACAAAACCGGACCCGUCCAUCAAUCCCGAGACCUACAAUAUCGAUAACUCGACAGCAAAUCGCGACGAUCCACCCGUCGCAAGCAUCCAGCUCCCGCCCGAAAUCAUAGACUACGUCGACGCCGCCCGAAACCCGGACAUUUACACGCGUGAGUUCGUUGAACUAGUGCAACGCGGAAACCAAGAUCUCAAGGGCAAAAAGGAGGCAUUCGCAAGUUUUAGGGAUGUCUUGGCUACGGAAAUGAGGAGUGCGAUGCCCGAGUGUCGGCGCGAAGUUGAUCGGGUUGUUGCGAAUACGAGCGGCCCGAAUCGAGGGGCUUAG